AUGAGCCAGUUUGGUCCGCUUGGGCUUCUUUCCCACUUCCUCAUCCACGGUCGCAUCAUUAUCCAGGACAUCUGGCGUACGAAAGCAGGAUGGGACGACUCGGUAGAUGAGCAGAUUCUGAAGCGAUGGUGCUUAUGGACCGCAAAGUUCACGGAGCUGAAAGAGGAACGAAUACCACGCGCCUAUUUUCCGGGCGUGACGGUGUCAGACAUUGAAGAUCUGCAGCUCCACGUUUUCGUCGAUAGCAGCGAGACUGCCUAUGCGUGCGUCGCCUAUUUCAGGACCACUAUCAACAGAGAGCAUCACUGCGCAAUUGUCGAAGGAAAAGCGAAAGUAGCUACCAUAAAAGCUCCAGGCAGCAUUGAUAGGCUGUAG